UCGAGUAGUCUACAUAUACACACUUUUCCUCCUAUCAUUAUCACACAAACAACCCAACACCAACAAGGGAAACAAAAAACACAUAGAGCUAGCUAGCUACGUGCAAAGUUAAUUUGAGUUAAUCGAAAUGGCCGGAGGAGACAACCUGAAGCUGGUCGGCAUGUGGGCGAGCCCGCACGUCCUGCGUGUGGGGCUCGCGCUCCGCCUCAAGGGCCUGAGCUACAAGUUCGUGGAGAUGGAGGGGGAGGAAGGCUUCAAGAACAACCAGGGCGAGCAGCUGCUCCUCAACAGUAAGCUGCAGGUGCUCAUCCACGGCGGCAAGUCUAUCGGCGGGACAUCGUUGAGCAUGAUACAGUACAUCGACGAGGCCUUCCCUGGCGCCGGCCCCUCCCUCCUCCCCGACGACCCCUCCGAGCGUGCUAUGGCUCGUUACUGGGCUGACUUUAUAGAUGACACGCUCGUGAGGGCGAUGCACAAGGCGGCAUGGGGCGAAUCGGACCGGGAGAAGGCAGAGGGGAAGAACCAUGUCGUCUCCGCGGUGGAGACCCUAGAGGGAGCUCUGAGAGAUUGCUCCAAGCCUUUCUUUGGAGGCAACAGUGUCGGCUAUGUGGAUGUCGUGCUCGGUGGCCUUCUUGGGUGGGUGCGCGCGACCGAUACGGUGCAAGGUGUCAAGACCUUCGACGACCCUGCCAUCACGCCUCUCCUUGCCAUGUGGGCAUAUCGCUUUGAUGCACUGAAAACAGUCCAGGUGGUCAUGCCAGAUGUGGGAGCGCUGGUUGAUUUUGCCAUGACGAUGCCUUCACACAGCUCUGGUCGAUUGGGCAUCGUCGUUUCCAUAUAUCUAAUUGCGGUUCUUCUGCAAGCGGUGGCAUCCUAUCUAACUUGGUUGGGCCGAGCCGAGAGCAAAGGAGAACCCCAAGAUGGAAACCCUUGUUCUCGCCUUCAAUGGUUGGUUCCACGAGCAUUACCAUAUUGGAGUUGCUAUGUCCUUGAAGGCCUGGACUUCGUUACUAGAUCUAUGCCCACGUUGUUUCUUCUCUAUGUUUUUGUCAAAGGUUUCAAGAGUAGUAUAGUUAGGGUGUUGGUGAUGGGAGUCCCGGUGGUAGUCAUCACAUGGUAUUUUCUUACCUUUUACAAGCCGUGUGGCCAUGGCACCUUAAAUAUUAUUUGAAUAAUGUUUGCUUGUGUGC